AAUUAUCAUCCAUUUGAUCUGGGCAGCAGGCGACCGCCGACAACCCGCAACCCCCUAAUCGUCUCCGCGCGACUCACCACAUGCACGGGUCCUCCCAUCUCUCUUUUCACGGCGGUCAUAUGUUUGUCGCACUUUUAUAGGAUCGUCUAUCAAAAUUAGACGCCCAUCGAAUUAUACAUAGUGUAGUCGAUCACAGGCAAAGCCCACCCAAGCUCACCCCAUAAUGGGGUCCAGCAACAGCAGAGUAACGGCCCAAGAUAAGGCCAUCCUCGACCUCAAGCUGCAGCGCGACAAGCUCCACCAAUACCAGCGCCGCAUCACCGUUCUGACGGACAAGGAGACGGCCAUCGCCAAGCAGAUGCUGGCCCAGGGCGACAAGCAGCGCGCCCUCCUCGCCCUCCGCCGGAAGAAGUACCAGGAAUCCCUCCUCGCCAAGACCGACGCCCAGCUGGCCCAGCUCGAGCAGCUCACCUCCAACGUCGAGUUCGCGCUCAUCCAGAAGGACGUCGUCUUCGGUCUCCAACAGGGCACCCGCGUCCUCAAGGAGAUCCACGCCGAGAUGGGCGGCAUCGAGGGCGUCGAGAAGCUCAUGGGGGAGAACGCCGAGGCUCUCGCCUACCAGAAAGAAAUCGAAGAACUCCUCCACGGUCGCAUCUCAGUUCAAGAAGAGGAAGAGGUGGAAGACGAGCUGGCCGCCAUAGCAUCCCGCAUUGCCCAGGAGAAUGCGGCAGCGGAACCGCAGCGACUCCGCGCUCCCGAGCUCCCCGUCGUCCCCGACGCAGAACCGAGAGCCGCCGAAGAACCAGGCCCCGAACGUGUCGACGCACAAUCAUCCUCCAUUAAACAGCCGGAAAGGAGGCAGAUGUUGGCGGCAUGACGGAUUUUCGGGCGUUGGUGUGGCGUUUUCUUCUUCCCCCCCCUCCCCCCCCUGCGGAAGCAUAAGGUAGUCUCACACAUGUUUAUCUGCACGGCUUUUGACUUCCUAUCCCUCCUUUUUUCUUCUUCUCUCCACCUUGCUUCUUUGUCUUGAUUAUCUUCGCAUUGCUGGAGUUUGGUCUGGGGUUCAGCUGCAUGAAGGGCUGGAGGAGCAUGGGUGGUAUGGAAAGGAUAGCCAUCCGCGUCCGUGUUUUCGACUUUACUAUUUUAGACUCGCUUCUCACCUCGCAUUGUUCCAUGGAGGACUCUCUAGAUUGCGGUGGUUCAGUUCAGGCGCAGAUUCAUUUCGAUACAUUUCAGACAACCCUUGCAUGUUUGGUAUAGGAAAGCCAUAUAUAUCAUUCCUAGUCGAUAAUAUACCUUGCGUGGUACACGGUCGA